AUGGUAGCCGAUCAAGCUUCAACGGCAUCCGUAGAAAAGAAAGGAGCAAUAAUAUACGAAGCUAAGGACUUAGAGUCUGGAAGCGUUCAUGACAACAACAGCUUUGAGCACGAAGAUGAUCCAAACAAGUCCUGGUUUCAAAACCUUGUUGAUGGAUUCCGCGAAUAUAAACUCGAGGACUUGGAUCCAAGCUUAACCCCUGCCGAAAGAGCUGCCAUCGCAACCGCCAGAUCCCCUUUGAAGCGCCAUUUGAAGAACAGGCACUUGCAAAUGAUCGCAAUUGGAGGAUCUAUUGGUACCGGUUUAUUUGUGGGUUCUGGUAAAGCUUUAAGAGUCGGUGGUCCCGCUGGUGUUAUUAUUGCGUGGAUUUUGACAGGUUCUAUGGUGUACUCAGUGGUGCAAGCCCUAGGUGAACUUGCAGUGACUCUUCCUGUUUCGGGUUCUUAUAUGUCUUACGUCUCGCGGUUUAUCGAGCCAUCCUUCGGUUUUGCCAUUGCGUAUAACUACCUGCUAGGUAAUUUGAUCACAAUGCCUUUAGAAAUUGUUGCAGCUUCUUUAACGGUCAGUUAUUGGGACGUGCCCAAAAAAUAUGCCGAUGCAUUUGUGGCGUUAUUUUACAUUGUCAUUGUAGCAAUCAAUCUUUUCGGUGUAAAGGGAUAUGGUGAAGCCGAAUUUGUCUUCUCGAUCGUUAAGGUCCUUGCCAUCAUCGGCUUUAUCAUUUUAGGAAUUGUUCUGAUUUGCGGUGGUGGUCCUAACAGUGAUGGGUACAUUGGAGCCAAAUAUUGGCACAAUCCGGGCGGAUUCGCGCAUGGAUUCAAAGGGUUCGCCGCUAUUUUCGUGACAUCUGCGUUCUCGUUUGCUGGAACUGAAAUGUUUGCGCUCGCUGCUGCCGAGACUAAAAACCCACGGAGGGAUCUGCCACGUGCCGCCAAACAAGUGUUCUGGAGGAUUACGUUGUUCUACAUCAUCUCGUUGACGUUAAUCGGCUGUCUGGUGCCAUACACCAACAAGCAUUUGUUCGCCGCGACGAGCGUAGAUGCAACUGCGUCGCCUUUCGUCAUUGCCAUCAAAGACGCCGGGAUCAAAGGACUCCCAAGUGUAAUAAAUGUCGUUAUCCUAAUAGCCGUGCUGUCCGUGGGUAACUCGUGCAUUUUUGCUGGUUCACGCACAGUAUUGUCAUUAUCUCAAUAUGGCUACUUGCCAAAAUCUUUCGGGUAUGUUGAUCGCAAAGGUAGACCGCUAGUCGGGUUGGUGCUUUGCAUAAUUUUCGGACUAUUGAGUUUUCUCUCUGCCUCCUCUAAGAGAUCGGACGUCUUUGACUGGAUGCUGGCCAUCUCAGGAUUGUCUUCUUUCUUCACAUGGGGCAGCGUUUGUAUCUGUCACCUAAGAUUUAGAAGAGGGUUGAGCGUGCAAGGAAGAUCCACUGAUGAACUAGCAUUUAAAGCUCAGACAGGUGUAUGGGGCUCAAUAUAUGGUAUCGUAUUGAUCCUGGUCGCCUUGAUAUUCCAAUUCUGGGUUGCUUUGUUCCCAAUAGGUGGCAAACCAAGCGCAGAGACUUUCUUCUCAGCUUAUUUAUCGUUGCCUGUUGUUCUUUUCUUUUACAUCUGCCACAAAUUGUAUACGAGGAAUUGGAAGCUCUUAAUCGAUGCUAAGGAUCUCGAUUUAGAUACAGGUAGAAGAGAAGUCGAUCUUGAAUUACUCAAGCAAGAAAUUCGGGAGGAAAAAGAGUAUAUUAGUUCGAAACCCAUUUGGUAUAGAACGUACCGCUUCUGGUGUUAA